AUGAAUAAUAGUACACAUUCACUUGUCUCCCGAUGGAGCUCCAACUCCGGUACUCACCGUUUUGGGCGGCUGCCCUGCUUCGGCAACAUCCAUCUGAAGCGUUUUCCAAGCACACGAACCUUGGAUUCGAACUUCUUAGCCGAGUAUCAUGGUGAGCUCGAUGCUCUAUCUCACGAUUGGGAAAAGCGCGUGUUCGAGUACUGGGAGAUGUAUUGGGACAGAAUGAGCUCUGUUCAAGGAAUCAUGGGCCAGGGAGAACCUCUAGAGUAUGUCAACUGUUCCUCAUCUGCACAAGCUGAGUCGCUUCACCCGUCGAGGUCGCUUAAGGACUAUCUUCGAGGGCUUGCGGCGUUCAACAAGCAUAUACAGCUAUACUACAAACAACAGGAGUUAAAACGACACCAAACCAAGGCAAUCGGUACUAAGCAGAGGAUCGAUAAGAAAUACCGCAGCCAGCUUGGAAUGAGGAUUCACGAGACAACAGUCGAGGAUUUCCCAACUAAUCUUGAGGAGAUGACGUGCUAUUGGGAUCCAUGGUACGUCACGGAACCUGAGCCUCGGCCAUACAUGAGACCCAAAAUCGGAGGCAGCUACAUCGUCAAUGAGUAUUACUCAUCUGAUCAUAAGCUACGGCUACGAAAGGUCUACCAAAAGGAUGGGGAGGCUACAGUAACCUCAUGCCUUCGACCAGACGAGUUCGACAAACUCGACGUUACAACACUCUACAUUUACGACCCCAACCGCCAACCUGAUGAGGGCUUUAGCUCAUGGACGGAGAUGGAUGACGACGAUGAAAACCAGGAAACCGACGUUUAA